AUGCCUCGUCGUGCUGGGAACCAGGGUACCCCGCUCUUCAUAAUUGCGAAUCCAGAGUGGACCUGUGGCAGGUUGGCUGGCAGUAUGGUCGUGAACUUCUCUACACACUGUACGAUACACAACCAUGGAUCUCCAUCAGCAGCAUGGAUACCUGGGAAAUCGAGCGUGGCGAGGUUGGCAAGACGGAGUUUCGCUGAGCACUACCGAAGCCUAUCGAAUCCUCGACCGGUUCUCGAGCCUCAAGAGAAUAAUCGUGUGCGGAUACAGCAGGAAAACCUUGUACAAAAUCCUUCUGAUAAGUUAGUUAUUCCAAACCCUGCUUGGAUCAUUUCUUCGCUUACCCUGGACCAAGAGGAUUCCUAUUGGACCCAUGGCUUCAUACGGACGCUAUUGGCCUUAAGUGCGCCAAAGAUCAUUUCGCGUAACAAGCCACAAUCACGCCUUGCGCGCAACCAGUUGGUCAAGGUCAAGGUGCAUUGA